UUUUUGUUUGAUUUUUGUCAUUACAUGCAGCAUUAAAAAAAAAAAUAAAUAGAUUGAAUCAGGCAUAGGAAUAUGGCAAGCAUCUGGAAAGAAUUUGUUGAAUUUUCCAUGCCGACUUCUCCCCCUACUACUUACGUUAGUACCAGCCUGGGCAGCACAUCUACAAUCGGACUGAGUUUAUCACCUUAUGGUCGAUCACUGUACGAAAUGGACAGCCUGUACACGGUUUCCUCUGAUCCUCUCCCUUCUGCACAACCGCAUACUUCUCUCCCCAUACCGCUUCUCUCUCAGUCUUACGUAAGUGGCUGCAAAAAAAACAAGAGGACUCCUCUUUAUCAAAGAUCUCCUCCAGAUGAUGUCGAAUUUGAAAUGUCAUCCGACAGGAGGACUGGAAAACCCAUUGCAAUUAAAUUGGUGAAGAUAAAACAUGAAAUAUUACCUGAAGAGCGAAUCACUGGUCAAGUUGUGUGUGCUGUUCUUCAUACCCCUGAGAGUAAGUCACCUUCUUCCCCAGGUCAGAAUCUAACAGGGAGUGUAUGUUAUGAACGUAAUGGGGAGGUCUUUUAUUUGUCAUAUACACCUGAAGAUGUGGAAGGAGACUCUCCAUUGGAUAUCGGUGAUCAAGUGUCUUUCUUUGUAGAUGCUAGUAAACAGUCUGUGAGGGCCCGCAACAUCAUUCUGAUAAAGAAGAUGCAGACCCGCUAUCAGGGAGUAGUAUGUGCAAUGAAAGUGAGCCUUGACCACGACAUUCCUAAUUGUAAUCUUUGUGCUUCUUUUAAUCCAUGUACUAUUCGUCGUUGGAUUAAGCUCUUAGCUAAGCACUUUGGAGUUUGGCACAAGUUUGUCGGUAUGGCAUCCACUGGUCUUCAGGCAUCGGAUAUUCCAAAAAGCGGCAAAGAAGUUGCAACAGAUGUUAAACUACUACCUCAAGGAACAGUCAUCUUUGAAGACAUCAGUAUUGAACAGUUUGAUGGAACUGUAACAAAAGUCAUCCCAAAAGUACCCAACAAAAACCAGCCAAAUGACCCACUGCCUGGACGUAUUAAAGUAAAUUGCUUGAAUAAAGAGCUUCCAUUUGGAGACAAAGAUACAAAGUCCAAAGUCACAUUACUGGAAGGUGAUCUUGUUCAGUUUAACAUAUCUACUGAUCGUCGUGACAAACUUGAAAGAGCAACUAAUAUUGAAAUUCUAUCCAACACUUUUCAGUCUACUCAGGAAGCAAGAGAGAUGGGUGUGAUAGCAGCAAUGAGAGAUGGGUUUGGCUUCAUUAAAUGUGUUGAUCGUGAUGCCAGAAUGUUUUUCCACUUCAGUGAGAUACUUGAUGGAAAUCAGCUCCACAUUUCUGAUGAAGUUGAAUUUACUGUUGUCCCAGAUAUGCUGUCAGCCCAACGGAACCAUGCAAUAAGAAUUAAAAAACUUCCAAAAGGAACGGUAUCAUUCCAUACACAAUCUGAACAGCGUUUUACAGGUUUUAUAGAAAAAGAAGCUGGAGGAAUAUCCCCUAAAGCCGCUAGCCCAGGCAAAUGCAGAGAAAAGGAUGCAGAGGAAGGCGUAAUUGUAUAUGAAGACUGUGGCGAGAUACUUUCUAUUCAGUACCAUGCUAAAGAUAUAGAAGGAUGCACUGUCCCACAACAGGGAGAUAAGGUUGAGUUUAGCAUAUGUGAAGUGAAGAGAACAGGCCAGCAAAGUGCAGUUAAUGUCAAAGUUCAGAAUGAUCGUGUUUCAACUGGUAAACGACAGAUAGGAUAUGUGGCAACCCUGAAAGACAAUUUUGGAUUUAUUGAAACAGCAAACCAUGACCAAGAAGUUUUCUUCCAUUAUAGCGAGUAUUCAGGUGAUAUUGACGACCUAGAAAUUGGAGAUGCUGUAGAAUACAGUCUAGCAAAAGGCAAAGGAAAUAAAGUCAGCGCCGAGAGAGUUACAAAGAUUAGCUCUGUGAAUGACGUCUUUGAAGAUGUGUCUGUAGAAGUACUGCAUGGUAAGGUUCUGCGGCCUUUGCGCAGUGUGGAUCCUACCCAGACUGAAUAUCAAGGACUUAUUGAAGUAACAGAGGAAGGGGAUAUGAUGGGUGAGACAGUUCCGUUUGGAAUUGUUGGAAUGGCUAACAAGUGUGACUGCUUACAGAAGGGAGAAUCUGUGAAGUUCCAGUUAUAUACUGUUCCGCAAACAGGACAGCAAAUGGCAUGCAACAUUACUCCAUUACGCAGAGCCACAGUAGACAGUGUUAAAGACCAGUUUGGCUUCAUAAAUUACGAGGCUGGUGAUGGAAAGAAGCUUUUCUUUCAUGUUAAAGAAGUUCAAGAUGGUGUGGAACUCCAGGCUGGGGAUGAGGUGGAAUUUGCUGUUAUUCUCAAUCAACGUACUGGAAAAUGUAGUGCCUGUAAUGUACGACGUGUUAGUGAAGGACAUAAGUCAGUGACCGCCCCACGACCUGAUCGCUUGGUUCAUCGUUUGAAGAGCAUCACACUAGAUGACAAUAGUGCACCACGUUUAGUAGUCCUUCGACAGCCAAAGGGGCCGGACAACACAAAGGGAUUCAGCAUAGAGAGAAAGAUGCGUCAAGCUGGAGUAGUUGACUAAUCAUCGCCAUCUAACUUGUUUCCUUAAAAGCACAUUACUUAAGUACUAUAACUGAGGGUGUGGAAAAGGAGUAUGCAUUGAUACUCCAUUCAUCCUCUGAAUCCUAGAAUAUCCUUAUCUAAUGUAUAAUUUUAUGUACAUUUUAAACGUCUGUCUUGUGUAUAUUUAAAGCUGAAAACAGUUAAAGAUAUACACAGUUGCAGGUGUUAAUUGAGGUUGGAAGCCUUAUAGAUUUCAAACUGGUAGAGCUUUGUACAGAUUUCAGUGCAUCAAACAUACUUUGGUAAUUGUAGAUUUACUUUGCCUGUGUACAUCUUGUAUUUUUUUUUUUUUUAAUUCUGGGUAGCACAGGACUGAUCUGGAAUUCUGCACAGUUCACAUUAUUCCAUUCUUAUGUAAAAGAACAUAAUUUUAUUGUGCACUACUGAAUAUAGUUAAUACAUUUUCAUGUGCAAAUUUGCUAUUAGAAAUACCAUGCCCUGAUGAAACCGUGAGUGCUUUCAGCUGCGUUGAAUACUUUUGAAACUUCUUAGACUUGAAGAUUAAAAACAAUGCCCGCUAAACCAGUAUAUUGCAUGAUUUAUGUUAUGGUAAGGACCCCUUUUUUUUUAUUUUAAUGUUCUUAGCCAGAUGUUUUAUGUUUAUUUUUCACUUGUACAUGGUGCAGAAUUCCAUGUCCGAGAUGUGCCACUGGUAGUCAGAAAUUCUGUGCUACCUAAAGUGCAGUCCUGUAAACCCAUUUUUGUUACACAUAGUAGGACUGUGCCUGAAAAGGAGUGCUUUGAUUUUGCAAUCAGCUCAUUGUACUGUGAAAGAACAAACCUAAUCUUUUUUAUAGGUUUGGAUCAAGAUGAAAAUAGAGGGUUGAUGUCCAAGUUUGUGUGCUGUUUUUCUUAACAUUUUUAUCAAGCUCUGGAUGACAGUAGAAUGGCUGGUCCACAUACCACUUCAUCUUGCCACCCGACACACCCCUCUGAUAAACAGGAAUUCAUUUGUUUGUUGUAGAGAAUAUUGUACUUUACAUGUGUACAUAAUUUAAUGAUCAUCUGCUGUGGGAGAUGGCAGACUUUGUAAAAAGGAAAUGUAUGUUUCCUGUCUUUUCUGUUAAAGAAAAGAACUAAAAGUAAAAAUGUAUUAAUGUUUCCAAGUGUAACUUGCAUAAGUUGUACAACAGUGUUAGUUUCCUAUCAGUCGAAGUACAGUAUUGGAAGUGGGCCCGGGUGGUGAGUUUAUGUUGAGGGUGGUCUAGAGAGGAUAGGAGGUUCUGCAGAUGCUCACUACACUUUAAUUUUGGAAGGACAUUUUUUUUUUCUAAUGCUUGUCCUUCCUGAUGUUCAGUCUGGGAAGCUAUGCAUAUAGUGUGUACUAUGGCAAAUUAAGUUAUCUGCUUGAUUGAGUGCAAAGUAAAAUUCCUGAACUAUUAGAACAUUUGCAUUAGAUAAGCAAAGAGAGCUUAUACACUGGGGAAGAAAGCAUGUAGAAUGGCUGUUAAUUUUAUUCUGAAGACACAGGCAUUGUAAAUUCAAUUACUUAUAAAAUGCAUUGUUCGUACUUUUGGAACUUGAGUGGUCUUGCAAGUUGAUUUGUAAACUUUAACAAAAGCAGAUUUCCAACUUCAGGAAUACUUUUUUGUGAAGUUGGAUUUACACUGUGCCCUCCAAACAAGAAAGACAGCUGCAUGCAGGAUCCUGUGUGUUACUCUUGCUCUAUUUUCAUGCAAAAAUAUAUUUUAAUUUCUGAGGAUGGCCAGGUGAAAUCUUUCUAUUGAAACAUUAAUAAAAGUUGAAAUUUGAAUUAUUUUA